AUGGAAGUCGUAGCAUCGAUGCAGCUGGACCUGCACGCUCGCAUGGAAACAAAGAAAGGGCUAGCGUGUCUCUCGUGUUCGCAAAUGUAUUACGGUCCGGGUACGCUGUUCUGCAACAACGGCGCGGGAACUGGACCUUACUCUGUCUCAAUCAAGAGCUGGUACUGA